GACGCGAAAGGAAACCCAGCAAACCCUGGUAAAACCCUCUCCGGCCCGAGACGGAAGUUGGUGCUCGGUCUACUGUCUUCUUCAAACACAAAAUCAAUACAGAAAGGACUGCUGAAAUUGCAGCCCAUUCUGGCAGUUGGCUGAAAGAUGGACAUUGAUUCGGAUUUCCGGAAUUUAAAUUUGAAAUCACCAGAGGACGGUGCGCCUAUGCAAAUGGAUGCUGCAGAAUCUGCCCACAUCAAAGGCAAAGAGAAAGAAGAUAUUUCUGAGUCACUGGAGAAGCUACAUAUUGAGGAAUCCUCAUCUGGGUCAGCAGGGUCUUCAUCAAUUAGUUUCAAAAGAAAGCCAGUUAUUAUUAUCGUUGUAGGGAUGGCAGGGAGUGGGAAAACAACGUUUCUUCAGCGGUUGGUUUGCCAUACACAAGCUUCAAAUAUUCGGGGUUAUGUUAUUAAUCUUGAUCCUGCUGUUAUGACCCUCCCAUUCGGCGCUAAUAUUGAUAUAAGGGACACUGUUCGAUACAAAGAAGUAAUGAAGCAGUUCAAUCUUGGUCCCAAUGGAGGAAUACUGACAUCACUCAACUUGUUUGCUACAAAGUUUGACGAGGUUGUUUCAAUGAUUGAGAAGCGAGCGGAUCAGCUUGAUUAUGUUCUGGUAGACACACCUGGUCAAAUUGAGAUAUUCACUUGGUCUGCCUCUGGAGCAAUAAUAACUGAAGCUUUUGCUUCAACCUUUCCUACCGUAAUUACUUAUGUAGUUGACACACCUCGCUCAGCAAGCCCAGUUACUUUUAUGAGCAAUAUGCUUUAUGCUUGUAGCAUUCUGUACAAGACACGGUUGCCUUUGGUGUUGGCAUUCAACAAAGUCGACAUCGCUCAACAUCAGUUUGCUUUGGAGUGGAUGGAAGAUUUUGAGGUUUUUCAUGCAGCCCUAGACUCAGAUCACUCAUAUACAUCUACUCUGACUCGGAGCCUCUCCCUUGUGCUGGAUGAAUUCUAUAAGAAUCUACGAUCAGUUGGAGUAUCUGCAGUUUCUGGUGCUGGAAUGGAAGAAUUCUUUAAGGCCAUUGAAGCAAGUGCUGAGGAGUACAUGACAAGUUAUAAAGCUGACCUUGACAAGAGACGGGCAGAGAAACAGCGACUGGAGGAAGAACGAAUGCGGGAGAACAUGGAUAGACUAAGGAAGGAUAUGGAGAAGUCUGGGGGAGAAACCAUGGUUUUGAGCACUGGUUUGAAGGACAAAAAUGCUGGCGGUAAGACCACAAUGGAUGAGGAGGAUGAAGGACACGAAGAGGAAGAGGAAGAUGAAGACGAUUAUGUGAGGUCCAGUGAGGAGGAGGAGGAUGUUAUAGACGAAGAUGAGGAUGAAGAGGUUGGCCGAUUUUCAUUUUAACCUCUGUUUUUUUUUCUGGAAGUUUUCUGAAGUCGGACUUUGUAUAGGACCUUCCCAGUUGGAACUGGCAUUGCCAUUCAAGACCAGAUAUGAUGGUCAUUUGGGUCCACAAUGUAGGCCUCAUGGGAUCUGUUUGAGCAGGUCUACAGAGGUAUAUGUAAAACUUUUUCAAAAUCUGGCCUGGUGGGUUAGAUAUGCCUGUAUUUGACGUGGGCCUUUUGUCAUUGUUUGAUGGAUUAUAUAGCCUUCUGAACUAUUUAUGUUGAUAAGAGUUUCUAGGGUUCAUGUGUCUA